AUGUUUAAUUUUAAGACUGGAGACUUUUUCUUUUCGCUGCUCGUCCGUCGAGUGGAGACAGCACAUCAACUCCCGCUGAGAUCGGAGGAGAGGGAGACACGAAGAGGCAGAAGAAGACACGACGACGACGAUGCUUAUGAUGGUGCUUAUGAUGAUGAUGAUGAUGAUGAUGAAGAAGAUGGUGAUGGGGUCAGUCAGACGGCUUCGGCGGGCUGCCCGUGGCUAGGCUUCUGCCUGGGCUCGCAAGGAGCGGACAGGGCAGUCCAAGGCAGACACGGCGAGCAGACGACAGCGUCAUGGAGAGCGGACGAGAGAGAUCAAUAG